CUGCGAAGUGGCGACAUUGAGUGAGGGGAUCCGACAUGAUUCAGUACAAGACGCAUGCUCCGGGACGGCUCUCUGUGGAGGACCAAAUGUCCGAGGCGUUGUCUGCGUCAGAACUACUGGGAAUGCGGCAGCGAAAAGGCUUCAUGAAGCUCUUUCGCAAGUAUUGCUCGAGCAAGAAGAGCCCCAUUGACUGGAAAGUCGUGAACCCACCUCCGGUUGACAUGGUGAUCAACAGCUCCAGCGUCGAGGCGUGCCCAAACGAUGCCAGCCUCAAACACGAAUUGCUGGAUAAGCUCGUCAUCUUAAAGCUGAACGGUGGGCUGGGAACGACGAUGGGGUGCCAAGGCCCGAAGAGCGCGAUCGAAGUGCGCCAAGACCUUUCAUUUCUCGAUCUAACCGUUCGACAAGUGGAGUACCUCAACAGUUUGUACGGCGUGGACGUCCCGCUUGUGCUCAUGAACUCAUUCAAUACGCAUGAAGAAACCGUCCGUAUAAUUCGCAAGUACCGCAUGCACAACUUGAGCAUCCACACGUUCAACCAAAGCUCCUACCCUUACGUAGUCAAAGAAUCGGCCGUGCCCCUCCCGACCGCCAAGUACGACAAGUUGACUCGGGACAAGUGGUACCCGCCAGGUCAUGGCGACGUAUACAACGCCUUGUUCGAGUCUGGGCUGCUCGAAAACCUCAUCAACCAAGGAAAAGAGUACAUUUUUAUAUCCAACGUGGACAACCUUGGCGCGACGGUGAACUUGGACAUUUUGUACCACAUGAUCAACGUCGACUCGGAGUUCAUGAUGGAAGUGACGGAUAAAACUCGGGCCGACGUCCAGGGAGGGACUUUGGUCACGUACAAAGACAAGCCGCACUUGCUCGAAGUGAACCAAGUGCCACAAGAACAUUUGGAGGACUUCCGGGCGCUCAACAAGUUCACUAUGUUCAACACGAAUAACUUGUGGGUAAACUUGCGAGCUAUCCAGCGCCUCGUGGCCCAAGACCUGAUCGACAUCAACCCGAUUGUAAGCUACGGCACGGUCAAGAACACCAAAGUGGUCCAGCUGGAGACGGCUGCUGGCGGUGCGAUCCAGUUCUUCAAGAAUUUUGUCGGCAUCAAAGUCACCCGCCUUCGGUUUUUGCCUGUGAAGUCGUCGUCGGAUCUGUUCCUGGUCCAGUCGAACCUGUAUCAAAUUAAACACGGAAGCUUGCUCAUGAACCCUGACCGAGGGUUGGCAACGAUUCCAAUCGUCAAACUCGGCCGUGAAUUUCAGACGGCGCAGCAAUACUCGGAACGGUUUGAAAAGGGCAUCCCGAACAUUUUAGAACUCGACCACUUAACCGUGGCUGGAGACGUCAAGUUUGGCAGCGGCAUUACGCUGAAGGGUACGGUCAUUCUCGUUGCGAACGAAGGGGCAAAAAUCGAACUGCCCGACGGCACCAUCCUCGAAGAUAAAGUUGUGACGGGCGACUUGCGAAUUUUGGACCAUUAAGUCAACGUUGUCGCCAUAUAUUUGCACCAAAAAUAUACCUCCACCAUAUACAUACACACUAAAGUUUGGUCGAUGUCGCCGAUGACCCAUACAGCGCCCGCGCUUCCGCCAUGAUCUUGUUCUGCAGGGAAAUUUUCAUGAGGUGCCUCCAG